CUGAGUGUCAGCCAGAGGAGGAUGAGGAGAGCUGCAGUUUUACAGUAGGAUCAGAGCAGGUGACAGCACAGAGGACCCCAGGGAAGAUCAGAUGGAGGAGGCUCAAAUAUACGAGUGGCUUCACCUGUUAGGUCUCCUGGCUCUAUCAUAUCUGGUCCUAAAACAGGUGUGGAACCUGCUGGUUGGGUUCAAAAACCAUAUACUCUCUCUGUGGUGGAGGCCUAACUUCAAGAAGUAUGAUGGAUGGGCAGUGGUAACUGGAGCGACAGAUGGAAUCGGGAAGGCUUACGCAAAGGAGUUGGCCAGGAGAGGCCUCGAUGUCGUCCUCAUCGGUCGGAAUGUAGAGAAGCUGGAAAAAGUUGCAGAGGAGAUAGAAAAAGAGAGCAAACGAAGAACCAAAAUCAUCCAGGUAGACUUCACAGAAGGGCUUGACAUCUAUGCAAAAGUGGAACAGGAACUGAGGAACCUGGUAAUCUGUGUUUUAGUGAAUAACGUCGGGAUGGCUUACCACCACACACGAACAAGAUUCUAUGAGGUCUUUUAUAUUAACAAGAAAAUUAGUGACGUCAUAAACUGCAAUAUACUAUCAAUGGUGCAAAUGACCAGGAUUAUUCUCCCUAAGAUGUUGCUGAGGAAGAAAGGACUGAUCAUAAACCUCUCCUCCGCUGCUGGAAACCGUCCUUAUCCAAUGUCAGCGAUGUAUGGUGCAUCUAAGGCUUUUGUGGACUUCUUCUCCCGCUCCCUCUACUACGAGUACAAACAUGAUGGGAUUAUAGUUCAGUCUGUUCUGCCAUACCUGGUGUCCACCAACAUGACUCGCAAUCCAGCCACCAGCAUUCUGGUGAAGACCAGCGAUGACUUUGUCCGGAAAGCUCUGAACACAGUGGGGUACACCCAUCGCACCAAUGGCUGCCUCUCCCACUCCAUCCAGGGAUACAUCAUAGAUAACCUGCUGAUUGAGAACAUCAUGACCUCUUGGCUCUGUCAAUACAUUUCUGGCUGUGCCAUGAGUCUGCUGGUCAAGAUAAUAAAAGUCAACCAGAGCCAUCAAUAAACAAUCAUGGAAGUUGUACUGUGCACUGUCUGUAAAGCGCUGAGAAAUAUGCUGAUUGUAUACCAAUAAAAAAAUAUUAU